GCGCCACCGUCGAUGGUGUUAGCGAACAGGGUUUCCAUCGGCGUCGCGUCGAGUGCGGUGGUGCGGCUGCAAGAUUCAACUUUGGUGGAGACGCGGGUGAACGAGAGCAAUUUCCAGAGGAUUUAUGCCCAGAAUGGAAUUGUCGCUGUUGCCGCGAAGCCAUUGGUUGUCGAGAGGAUUGAUAAGGACGAGAACAUCCGAGAAGUAGUCAGUGUUGAGGAUGGUUCGGUCGAGGAAGGUUAUUUGAAUUUGAGGAAUCAGGAAGGGGCUCUAGAUCAUCAGUCGUAGGAGGGAAGAGAGCGGCGGGAAGUGGAAGUUGGGAGGCCAGAUGAAGAACAUCGGCACGGAGGGAUGAGAAAGACGACCGGAGAGAUUGGAAGAUGAUGAGGGUAAAGAGGGGAUUUAAUUUAAUUAAAAGGGUUAGAAAUGGAAGAAAAAAUAUAAGAAUGAGAUAUUUCGAAAUAGCUGACCCCCAUCAGCUAUUUAGAAAUCCUACACUUGUGGGUUUUGGAAAUCCCUAAUACCUACUGUUUGACCCGAUUAGUGCCGGGCGAUUAGUGUGGAACCUUGAUCCGGACUCCCUCGUCUGAUCUCCUCGGGAGUGGAAGAAUCCUGUGGAGAGUCGGGGGCGGCCCCCGGGAUCUACACUCCGACGCUCAAGUCAGUAAGGAUAGAUGAUAGAGUGUAGAGAGAAAUGUAGAGAGAUAUAGGGUUUAGAGAGAGAACCAUAAGUGGUAAAGUGAGGGAAGAGAGAGAAGUCCCUUUGUUUGGAGGGUCUGGCCUCCUUAUAUAGGAGUCGGAGGCAUCCUGUGGACGCCUCCCGUUGUCAUGGACGCCCCCGGUAGACUGGUCGCCUCCCGUCGAUGGACGCCUUCGGGUGAAUGGACGCCUCCCGGUGAUGGACGCCCCCCGGAUGGACUAGACGCCUCCCGGUGGACUGGACCCUAGAAUGGGCUUGGGCCCAAGGUGAGACGCUUUGUGAUGGGCUUGGGCCCGUAUUAGGCGGGUUAAUACUAGACCCAACACCUACAAUCUCUCAUGUUCCCAAACGCAGAAUUGUAUUAAAAUCCUGCAUAAUGAGGGAUUGUUUUAAAAUCCCUCACAAUUCACUCACUACAAUUGUGCAUCCAAACGACCCCUAUUGGUGAAUUGAAAUAACACGAGGGUGGUUAUUUCAGAAGGAUUCAUUGGGGGGACUUUUCCUUCAAAAUGAUGACCGUGCUAUUUGAUUGUCAACCCGAAGAUUGACUUUGUUUUUGCUUUUUUUUCUAGAGAGAAAAGGAUGAAGAGAGUGGUGGUAACUGGUAAGUAAUUGAGAGCAUAUUGAUAUUUUUAUCUUUUAUUUAUUUAUUUUAGAAUACCACAUCCUAAUAAAUCUUCAUCCAAACUAUUUUUUUUUUACUAUAAAUUACCACAUUCAAA